AUGGUGCCUAAACAUUGCUUUCUAGGCUUCCUCGUCAGUUUCUUCCUGACUGAUGUCGUAGGAACUCAGCCAGCCCAUGAAUCUCUGAAGCCUCGGAGGGUACAAUUUCAGUCCCGAAAUUUUCACAACAUUUUGCACUGGGAGCCUGGGAGGGCACUGAUGGGCAACAGCAGUAUCUACUUUGUGCAGUACAAAAGGUAUGGACAGAGACAAUGGAAAAAUAAAGAAGAUUGCUGGGGCAUUCAAGAACUCUUUUGUGACCUUACCAAUGAAACCUCAGAUAUCCAGGAACCUUAUUACGGGAGGGUGAGGACAGCCAUAGGCGGGAGACACUCCGGAUGGAGCAUGACGCAGCGGUUCACUCCCUGGUGGGAAACAAAAAUAGAUCCUCCCAUCAUGAAUAUAACCCCAAUUAAGGGAUCUUUGUUGGUGAUUCUCCACGCUCCAAAUUUGCCGUAUAGAGACCAGAAGGGGAAAAAUAUAUCGAUUGAAAAUUACUAUGAACUAAUAUACCGAGUUUUUAUAAUUAACAAUUCACUAGAAAAGGAGCAAAAGGUGUAUGAAGGGGAUCAUAGAGUUGUCAAAAUCAAGGCGCUAGCACCUCGCUCUGGUUACUGCCUAGUGGCGGAGAUAUAUCAGCCCAUGUUAGACAGAAGAAGUCCAAGAAGUGAAGAGAGAUGUGUGGGAAUUCCGUGA